AGCCCUCCAUGUAGCGGGGCGCGGAGCCCGGCUCUCGCAACCCAAGAUGGCGGAUGAGAGUGAGACAGCAGUGAAGCUGCCGGCACCUUCGCUGCCGCAGAUGAUGGAAGGGAACGGAAACGGCCAUGAGCACUGCAGCGACUGCGAGAACGAGGAGGACAACAGCUACAACCGGGGUGGCUUGAGUCCAGCCAAUGACACUGGAGCCAAGAAGAAGAAGAAGAAACAGAAGAAGAAGAAAGAGAAAGGCAGUGACACAGAUGCGGCCCAGGAUCAGCCUGUGAAGAUGAACUCUUUGCCAGCAGAGAGGAUCCAGGAAAUACAGAAGGCCAUUGAGCUGUUCUCAGUGGGUCAGGGACCUGCCAAAACCAUGGAGGAGGCCAGCAAGCGAAGCUACCAGUUCUGGGAUACACAGCCAGUCCCCAAAUUGGGUGAAGUGGUAAACACCCACGGGCCAGUGGAACCCGACAAGGACAACAUUCGACAGGAGCCCUACACUCUACCCCAGGGCUUCAUUUGGGAUGCCUUGGACCUGGGAGACCGUGGUGUGCUGAAAGAACUGUACACCCUCCUGAAUGAGAACUAUGUGGAGGACGAUGAUAACAUGUUCCGAUUUGAUUAUUCCCCAGAGUUUCUCUUGUGGGCUCUCCGGCCACCUGGCUGGCUCCCACAGUGGCACUGCGGGGUUCGAGUGGUCUCAAGUCGGAAACUGGUUGGGUUCAUUAGUGCCAUCCCAGCAAACAUCCACAUCUAUGACACAGAGAAGAAGAUGGUGGAGAUUAACUUCCUGUGUGUCCACAAGAAGCUGCGCUCCAAGAGGGUGGCUCCAGUUCUGAUCCGAGAGAUAACCCGGCGGGUCCACCUGGAGGGCAUUUUCCAAGCGGUUUACACUGCCGGAGUUGUAUUGCCAAAGCCUGUUGGCACCUGCAGGUACUGGCAUCGGUCCCUAAACCCUCGGAAGCUGAUUGAAGUGAAGUUCUCCCACCUGAGCAGAAAUAUGACCAUGCAGCGCACCAUGAAACUCUACCGACUGCCAGAGGCCAGUGGUGCUCGGGUGGCGGGUAGGGUGGGGGUGGGGAGGUUUCCAUUUACCAGCCCCUAGUCGCCAGGUUCUGUGUCUUCCUGCUCUAAGGGUGUUUUUGUUUCAUUUCCCUGGUUCUCUUGAAUCUGUGCCUGGCUUAGCAUCCCUGCUGUCCACUGACAGGCUUGGAGAACACCACUUCUCUGUAAUUUUAGCCUAGGUGAAGCUUAGAUAGAAAAUGGAUCUCUCUACUGAACCUUGAUCUCAUCUCUGCCUCACACAUUCCACAGACCAGUGUGGUAAGCUCUCAAGUGUCCACUCCCUUCUGCCAAGACAGCAGAGGAGCUUGUGAGAGAG